AUGCCUCGAAACUCGGGGGUGCGAUGGCGCGCCAGCCAGAGAGAAGCUCGUCUUCGUGCAAGCGGUCGUCGACCAGGUGGCAUCAAGUCUAUGUUUAAACGGACGGAUGUUGUCCACGAGAAAACACAACGCGUUCGUGUCAGGAAGGGCCAUGUAGUUGGAAGCCUCAAGAAGUACACAGUCUUGCAUUUUGCGAGAGGAAGUCGCGCGUCACAGACAUGGUGCAUGGCUAUGGGAUAUCGAUAG